CUCAGCCGCGGCACGCGCGGCUUUUGGUUUCAUGUUUUAGUAAGCGGGCGGCCUGCAUUCAGCGGCAAGGCGGUCUGUAAGCCGGCGGGAUGUGUGGAUGCGCCAUUAUGCUAUAGGCUUCCCUCAUUCCCUCAAAAUGUAGUACAUCAAACGACAAUUUCCAUUGAAAACCUUUGCAUUAGUUUAUCUGACAGCCGCAUUCAUAAUAGAUCCUUAUCGGUCUUAUAAAGUGACGUGCAAAGACUACAAUAUAUCAAUAUAUACACUUAGGUGACGUGGUGUAUGCCACGUCAGUUUUAAACGGAUUAUAUUUUUUAUAAUGUUUACAAAUAUUUUAUCUCACCUUUAUUUUGAGUUAUUUUAUUUUUUUAGUGUAUUGUCUUAUAUUGACGGCUCAUUACUUUCACGUGUUAAGAACCCUGUGGAACAUGUGUCUGGCACCACUAUAUCCUACAUUCUGCCAAAGAACGUAUACAGAUACGAGCCUUACAGAGGGCACAGAACGUUAUGGAAACCUACCAGCACGACGAAAUCAGAACCAGAAAGUGCAUUGCCUUCCCAAACGAAACCUUCAACGAAAAAAAGACAACAACAUGAAGAGCAUUCAUCACGCCAUCCCAUAUAUGUUCCUACAAAAAAGUCUUAUUGGCACAAUUUUUAUGAUCACGAGGAGGCUUGGCCACAAGUAGUACUAGCUUUAUCUAGUACCAAAACAACGACAACCCAGAAAAAAAUAAAAAAAACUUUUGCAAGUCUAUUUCCCCCGCUUAACAUAACCAUACAAAAAAAAUCUGUUGAUCUGAAUGAUAGCGAUGAGGACGAAGAUGAUGAACAGAUAUUGAAUAAUAAUGAUGUAGGCAUGAACUGGAUUCCUCUUAAUUUUGAGACUACCGGUGACAGCGCACACUUGGAACAAGAAGACAAUAUAGAAACAGAUGAGUUUGGAGAUAAUCCACAAUCAACUUUAAGGACAUACACUGUGUUAAUGAGUGAUUUUGAUUAUUUUAUUCACACCAUUCCAACGAGUAGAGAAGUUGUGAAUAAAAAAAGUAUUUUUAUGACGCCCGGAAUACUUAGAGAGAAACAUAAUAGUAGUAGUACUACUACUACAAGUAAUACCACUACUAUUAGUACUACCACUGCUACUACAAAACGAACGACUACUCAACCACCAUCUGUCCAUUGCUAUCAAUGUGGAUUGAACGUAACAGAAAUUCCAAACGUACCAACUUGUUACCACAUUUUUGAACACCCAGAUCGCAAAUAUUAUCAUUUAAGAAAAAAAUACAUGGUAUUUUGUGAGAUAAAAAAAUCUAUCAAGCGUAAAGGAACCCCUAAAUUUGACCCGUCUCCAGAUAAAUUCUUCAAAGGAGGUUGCUUCAAGCGUUAUCUUGAUAUCGGUGCCGAGGUGUACAAUGAGCGAGGUUGCCGAACCAUGAAUCCUCUCAGGGGUAAGAGCUUCGCGUCCAGCAGAUUCAGUGCGUUAGAAAAAUCUAUGCACUAUAUGACUGAGGGCUGCGUGUCGAGCCCUCACGCUUCACUGACACCCUUCAGCAGAGCUAUCACCCUGUAUGCUAGAUAUCACGUAUGUGUGUGUGUCGGUGACUACUGUAACCAGAGCGGAGCUUUAUGUCCUAAUUAUAUUUAUUCACUAUUUUUAGCAUCAUCAUUAAGAAUAUUUAUGUAACUACUAUCAAUAAUAAGAAGCAAAAACAAGUCUCGAUCAAGCUGUUACAUAUAUCACUUCAAUGACAACAACCAAAAGUGGCUGCGCAACUCUAUUUUCAAAAGUCCUAGCAAAGUAAAGGGUUAUCAUUUCUUAACAACAUAAACACCAUUUACUUAACAUUUCUUUCUUUCCAUACCCACCCAAAAAAAGUGGAUAAAUAUUCUGUACGACACCUGUUUAGCAGUUUUGAAGAUUUGGUUUUGUUCAGCUACUUUUGUAGCUAACUGUGCGUUGAAUGUGACGACAUAGAGGAAUGUAUCAUGAGAUAGCUAGCGUUAUUUUAUAUGUAAAACGAAUGUUAAUUAUAAUAUUAAGAUUCGUAUCCGAAAUUCUUUGCACUAUCUGUGUUUAUGGGGUACCUUGCUGCGGGUGUUUUGUACAACAAUUUGUGUGAGAGGUACCCAUUCGUAGAGACUUUCAGGCAUACCCUUACCAGAAGAUCAGUAAGGAAGGACACAUAGUUUAGAUGAUUCCUUUCUUUUCGUAAGUAUCUCACUUCGGCGAUGGGUGUAUAGCCCAGUCAAUAUUAGACAUUAAAAAUAUAAUGCCAAACUUUAAUUCGCACGGAGCUGAAUGCUGGUCCAGACCUUUGGCUCUGUUUCGAAAACAGAAAGUUUUGUUUUAAACCUAUGAAUUGUCAAUAAAUAUGCAGAUUACGUCAAACUUUACCUUGUACCCGUUAUUCAUGGAUUCAUGUUUUUUUUAAAUUAAAGCCAUUAAAAUAUGUGAAAAUAAAAUUUUUGAAAGGGUAGAGUACCCCAUCGGCCAUCUGCUCUGCGAGCAAUAUGGCCUGUCCAUUCCCAGUUCAAUCUGCUAAUCCGGUGGGCUACAUCGGUGACAUUAGUUCGUCUACGGAUCUCCUCAUUUUGGAUUCGAUCACGUAGAGAAACACCGAGCAUAGCUCUCUCCAUAGUUCGUUGAGCGACGUUGAGCUUUGAGAUGAGGCCGAUAGUGAGAGACCACGUUUCGGAGCCGUAAGUCAUCACUGGUAACACACAUGGUUUGAAGACUUUCGUCUUGAGGCACUGAGGUAUGUCGGACGAAAAGACAUUGCGCAGUUUCCAGAACGCUGCCCAGCCGAGUUGGAUUCGGUAGUUGACCUCUUUCUUGAAGUUGUAUCUGCCUAAUUGGACUACUUGCCCUAGCUAACUCAUACAUGGUUAGAAAAAUCUUUGACCUAACGUACCUACACGUACGUAAAAGGUGUUGAUUUGCAUUUGUGCCAUACGUCAGGAGGAGGACAUAAAAUACGUAAAUAAUCGAUUGGAAUUACAGUAGACGGGAAAUAGCUAAUAUACACUGCUUUUUUUGUCAUUGUAAUGUCGUAGUAUUUCAGAAGUAAUCCAAUUUUAUGAAUGAAAUUUAUGAAUAAUCGUUGCGUAUGCUUUGUGUUUGCGUUUGUGUGAGGGCGCAGCAUGGUUUUAAGGCCAGUAGCACACGCGCCAAGUUUAAAUACGGCCAGAUGACAUUGACGGAAUUCCGAAAAAAAAAAUUACGUACCAAUUUUUUUGUUGAUUUGGGUUGAAAAUCAUUAGCAUAAUUACGUCCUUGAAUAUGGCACGGAUGCAAAUCAAUCGUCGCAUCGGAGAAAAAAUAUAUCCAAAUUGAAAAAAUAUAUUGCUCGUUUUGUAGAUAAUUUAAUGAUCUACAAUUUCGGUCCCUUUGACAUUAUUGAUAAAACUUCUUGUUUUCGAAAAAAGGAAAAAUGCCAAAGCCUUGACCUCUGAUGGAUACUUCUGAUAUUUUAUUUAUAAUGGUGAGCAAGGUCUCCACCAAAAUUCAGCUCUUUUUAUGAUGUCAAGAGUCUUAUUGAUUGGGUUAAUAAAAAGUGUUUUUUUAUUCCUUGUGUUAGAAUAUUUUGUAUAGUCCGUUUCACACUUGACUGUUAUUCAGAGGUUUAAUAAAUCAUGUGACUAAAAUGAGGAGUUUAUAUUUUUUAGUUAUUUAACGGAAGAGCUCGUGGGUAAAUCAAACCCUGGUGGAUCGAUCGAGGAACGCAUGGCGCUUUCAGUCCGUGAAUGGGCGAGCAUUUUGUCAGUACGAGUUCGGAAGCCACGAUAACAUUUUAAGUACCGGCUGCCAUUUGAACAUCUUUGGCAGUCGUUACGAGCAGUCGGAAGCAAAAUGGUCUAACAAAGCGUCUUGCCAAGGAGUUACCCGCGUAACUUGUUUGUGGAGGUUAGAUAAGCAGUCGCUGUAUGUAAAACACUAGUACUCUGCUGCGUGCAGUUUGACUGAAAACUGACUCUAGCUUAGUUUCGUAAAUUCUGGGCAGAUGAUGAUGAAUUUAGCUAUUUAAUAAUGCUAUCAAUAUUAUCGCGUUAGUGCCAAAUCCAGUUUUGAUACGUAUGAUGAGUCUAUUUUUCAGUGUAUUAUGAAGAGGGCUAGGCACCAAUAAUUUCUAGAUAAUAUAAAUCAAGAUGGUGGCUUACGUUAUUCACUUGUACAAAGUUAUGUUGGCCUAUGUUGGGCCUGCUGGGUAUGUUUAAAUACGGUAAUAAUGCCGAUAUUUCAGUAUUGUUCACAAAGUUAACUGCUAAACUUAAGGGUGCAUGUACACGGUGCAAGUAGCAGGAGCAAGUUAACAUAUGCAAGUGACAAGUGACAAGAGCAAGCGGGCGGGUAUUGUGCUUUGUUACAUGCGCGAAUCGCUGGAUCCGCACGUUUUUAAAAAUGCAUGUAGCCUGGGCAUGUGCCUCAUCAUGUGCCAGCUGCUUGCACUGUGUAAAUCCAUCCUUACUUAGGUAUAACAUCACAUAAUUCUUUGAUCGAUCCAUUUUCGGCCGUGCUAAUUGGCUGUCUUAGCAGUUUCCAUACAAAUCAAAGUCCAAAUUUCUAGCAUAGAGUCAUU